GAAGCAGCUGAGGCGGAAACACCAGUAACAGGAGAGCAGGAGUAGGUAGUGUUCCCAGACAUCUGGAAAUGACAAGGGCCUCUCAAGGCCUCCCGGUCCACCACCUGGCCAUGAAGACCUGCCCUUCAGUGUUCACUGCCCACAUUCCCAGAGCGUUCAGCCUCCUGCUCCUGGUUGCUUCACUGAACGCUCAGAAUGAAAGCUGGGACAGUCCUCUGUGCAACGAGGGCACAUUGUCUGUGCCUAGAGGCAGUCGUGCCGUGAUGACGUGCAACAUCUCUAACGCCUUCACUGAUGUCACCGUCUGGCUGAAGGACAGGGUGAUCUUCUACGAGGUGUCCCAAGGAAACUUCAACUUCAGUGGAUGGGAGCUCCAAGUUCAAGGGGGCCAGGCACGGCUCAUGAUUGAAAACACCCAGGAAGUCCACACAGGGCUGUACUUUUGGCAGCUGCAUGGACGCCAGAGACAUUUCAGUAACUUCACCCUGAAUGUUUCAGCAGAGCCUUCAAACCAGGAGCCUACAGACGUACCUCCCUCAGGUGCAGUCAAGCACUUUCAGAAAGAGGCCAGGCCUGACACCCUUGUGGGAGUUGUGGUCACUGUCGUCUUGGUCUUGGGACUCACAGGAAUCGGCGCACUAAUCUGCUACAGGCACCACCAUUCUUCGAUGUCCCAGUGGAUAAGUGUCUCAAUGCCUGUCUUGAGGAGGUUCUAAGUCUGUGGACCAGUGGAUGCUGGAGGAUCUGCCUGCGGAACUGAUUCCCAGAGAGAGGCCACCAGCAUGGGCUUGUCAUGUUCUUAGCCCUUGGCGGCUGCCAUGACCAUCUAAAAACCAAACACCAUGGAGCCAUUAUUGCAUGCUUGGCAGAGAAAAAGACCGUUCGUGUUUGCGGGGCGCAGGAGACUUUUCCCAGAGGGUGAUGUAAACCUUGGUUCUAUGCAGAGGAGAAGACAGUGACUCACUGAAGAAGGUCCUUGGAACCUGGAAAACAGUUUGGGCAUCUCUCAGUCGCAAGAACAAGAGUACAGCCUCCGGACUACAGUCCUCAGUCAUCUGAUCUGUUCCUCAACUCUUUCCAAAAUUGUGGAAUUUCCCAUUUGUGUGACCCUUGACCCUCAGCAUCCCCACCUUCUGUCCUCUUACAGUGGCCUGGGCUCCUUUGCUUCUGCUGAGGCCCUGAGGUCAGUGUCUCUCCGAUACCUGCUGUUCUCCAGAGCAAGCCUAGAGCUGCACCAAGAUCUGUGUCAGUAGAAUUUGGGCACAUACCUGCUUUCCGACUCACAAUAGUAACAAGUUUGGGAAACCCAGAUGUCAGGUUCCAGGGGCCAAUAUAGGAGGAUUAGAAGAGUAUGAGAUGAAUCGUUCUGCCAUUGGAAGGCAGAGUGCCCUCAGGACAGGGAUCUAUGGAAGGUGUGAGUGUUUGCUGACAGGUAUUGCUCUCCUGGGGAAGACAGUCAGUUCUAGGAACCCCAAGGCCUCUCUUCAGCAGACUCCCCCAGCCCCAACUCCCUGAUUCAUAUCCACAACCCUUUGUUCUUUUCUGACCUUUUGUCUUGGCUAUAAUGCUGCUUUUCCUUACAUGUAGAUUAAAAGAAGAGUUUUUCAUAGAAAUUCCGCACUUUAUUAUUAUUAAUAAUUAUUUUAUUACCAUUGUUGUUGUGUAUGAGUGUGGGUAUGGACAUGCCAGGUUGCAUAUAUAGAGGGCAGAGGGUAA